AGUGAUAUUCCCACAGCCCAGAGGAAGCGGUUUACUAGAGUAGAAAUGGCCCGCGUUCUAAUGGAGAGAAACCAAUAUAAAGAGAGAUUGAUGGAGCUUCAGGAAGCUGUUCGAUGGACAGAGAUGAUUCGUGCAUCAAGAGAAAAUCCAGCCAUGCAGGAAAAAAAAAGGUCAAGCAUUUGGCAGUUUUUCAGCCGACUUUUCAGCUCUUCAAGUAAUACUACUAAGAAGCCUGAACCACCUGUUAAUUUGAAAUACAAUGCACCCACUUCUCAUGUUACUCCUUCUGUCAAGAAAAGAAGCAGCACCUUAUCUCAGCUCCCUGGGGAUAAGUCCAAAGCCUUUGAUUUCCUUAGUGAAGAAACUGAAGCUAGUUUAGCCUCGCGCAGAGAACAAAAGAGAGAACAGUAUCGUCAGGUAAAGGCACACGUUCAGAAGGAAGAUGGUAGAGUGCAGGCUUUUGGCUGGAGUCUGCCUCAGAAGUACAAACAGGUAACCAAUGGCCAAGGGGAAAAUAAGAUGAAAAAUCUACCUGUACCCGUCUAUCUCAGACCUCUAGAUGAAAAAGAUACAUCAAUGAAGCUGUGGUGUGCUGUUGGAGUCAAUUUAUCAGGUGGAAAGACCAGAGAUGGUGGUUCUGUUGUUGGAGCAAGUGUAUUUUACAAGGAUGUUGCUGGUUUGGAUACAGAAGGCAGUAAACAGCGAAGUGCGUCGCAGAGUAGCUUAGACAAGUUAGACCAGGAACUUAAGGAACAGCAGAAGGAGUUAAAAAAUCAAGAAGAAUUAUCCAGUCUAGUCUGGAUCUGUACCAGCACUCAUUCAGCUACAAAAGUUAUCAUUAUUGAUGCUAUUCAACCAGGCAACAUCCUAGACAGUUUCACUGUUUGCAACUCUCAUGUUCUGUGUAUAGCAAGUGUACCAGGAGCAAGAGAAACAGACUACCCUGCAGGAGAAGAGCUUUCCGAAUCUGGACAGGUAGACAAAGCAUCUUUAUGUGGCAGCAUGACCAGCAAUAGCUCAGCAGAGACAGACAGCCUGUUGGGGGGCAUCACAGUGGUUGGUUGUUCUACAGAAAGUGUGGCAGCAGCUGCCACUUCCCCGAGUACCAACGGUGCUUCUCCAGUGAUGGAAAAACCACCAGAAAAGGAAGCAGAAAACAGUGAGGUUGAUGAAAACAUUCCAACAGCAGAAGAAGCAACUGAAGCCACAGAAGGCAAUGCAGGGUCAGCUGAAGACACCGUGGACAUCUCCCAGCCCGGCGUGUACACAGAGCACGUCUUUACAGAUCCUCUGGGAGUUCAAAUCCCGGAAGACCUCUCACCAGUGUAUCAGUCAAGUAAUGACUCAGAUGCGUAUAAAGAUCAGUUAUCAGUAUUGCCAAAUGAACAAGACCUGGUGAGAGAAGAAGCCCAGAAAAUGAGUAGCCUUUUACCGACUAUGUGGCUUGGAGCUCAGAAUGGCUGUUUGUAUGUGCAUUCAUCUGUAGCCCAGUGGAGGAAAUGUCUCCAUUCUAUUAAACUUAAAGAUUCGAUUCUCAGUAUUGUACAUGUGAAAGGAAUUGUUUUAGUGGCCCUGGCUGAUGGCACCCUUGCAAUCUUUCACAGAGGAAUUGAUGGGCAGUGGGAUUUGUCAAACUAUCACCUGUUAGACCUUGGACGGCCUCACCAUUCCAUCCGCUGCAUGACUGUGGUACAUGACAAAGUCUGGUGUGGCUAUAGGAACAAAAUCUAUGUGGUUCAGCCAAAGGCUAUGAAAAUAGAGAAAUCAUUUGACGCACACCCCAGGAAGGAGAGCCAGGUGCGGCAGCUUGCAUGGGUGGGUGACGGUGUGUGGGUCUCCAUUCGUUUGGAUUCCACACUUCGUCUCUAUCAUGCACACACUUACCAGCACCUACAGGAUGUGGACAUUGAGCCUUAUGUAAGCAAAAUGUUAGGUACUGGAAAACUGGGCUUCUCUUUUGUGAGGAUCACAGCUCUUAUGGUGUCUUGCAAUCGUUUGUGGGUGGGAACAGGAAACGGUGUCAUUAUCUCCAUCCCAUUGACAGAAACCGUAAUCCUCCACCAGGGACGCUUACUGGGGCUGAGGGCAAAUAAAACCUCAGGAGCAUCAGGAAAUCGUCCUGGAAGUGUAAUCCGAGUGUAUGGUGAUGAAAACAGUGAUAAAGUGACUCCAGGGACAUUUAUACCCUAUUGUUCAAUGGCGCAUGCACAACUUUGCUUCCAUGGGCACCGGGAUGCUGUGAAAUUCUUUGUGGCAGUCCCAGGUCAAGUCGUCAGCCCGCAAAGUGGCAGUAGUGACACAGAUCUAACAGGUGACAAGGCAGGGCCAUCGACACAGGAGCCUGGCAGCCAGAUGCCCUUGAAGUCUAUGCUCGUCAUCAGUGGAGGAGAGGGCUACAUUGACUUCCGGAUGGGUAAGUCAUGGGUCCUGGCCACUGUGCUCUGUAACGUGGAUUUUCACUCAUAGUAAACAAGAAACUAC